UCAGUUUCCCAUUGUUAGCCGUUCCCUUUCAUUUUCCUCUUCUCGAUCAAAACUCUUCAUAAGCAAGAAAUAUACUUGUGUAUCCCAUAGAUAGAAAAGUUUCUGUCUUUUACGUAUACGGUAUAAUACCUAUCUUUUUCAUCUCUUUUGUGUUCAUACGACUCAUCUAAUCUUCCACUGAUUUUGAUAUCUCUCAUCUGCUCCAAAACCCAUUAUAGGGUUUCUUCAUACAAUCUACUCUCUUGCCCAAGAAAACAAAUCUUCCCUUUUUCUGCAAACGAAAGAAAAAGUCUUCACUCUUUCAUUCAUUAUCAUAGCAUCUAACUUUUCUUAAUUUACCUUUAGAAUUUUCUUGUGCCUUUUUUGUGUAUAUGAGUGGUUACACAGUUAAGAUACACCCAAAAUCCUCAAACUAACCAAAGAGAAAAGCAAAACAGAGGAGAUAUGAAUUGUAUGUUCUUGUUCAAGUCCAAGAAACCUAAAUCUAGAAGUAAUCUUGAGAAGGAUCAUAAAAACUCAAGAUUCGAAAAGUCAGCUCCGGAAUUAACUAAGAGAAGAUCGUCGUCAUCGUCGUUCAAUCUUCCAACACCAAGAUCUCUGCCAACUCCAGCGAGUGUUAAAGACUUAUACACACAGAGAGAACAAAAAGAAAAUACAAAUCAAAAUCUGAGGGUUUUCUCUUACAAGGAACUAAGUGACGCCACGUGUGGGUUUAGCAGAACGCUAAAGAUCGGACAAGGUGGCUUUGGUAGUGUUUAUCAAGCCACUAUUGACAACCCCACCGGAGCAGAUUCUCAUUCUCCUCCACUUGUCGUCGCCGUUAAGAAACUCAAUCGACAGAGUCUACAGGGUCAUAAGCAAUGGCUAGCAGAGGUUCAGUUGUUAGGCGUAGUGAAUCACCCAAACGUAGUGAGGCUCUUAGGGUAUUGCGCAGAGGACAGAGAGAGGCUUUUGGUUUACGAGCUGAUGUCUAAUCGCAGCUUAGAAGAGCAUCUCUUCACUCGAAAAACCUUAACGUUGUCAUGGAAACAAAGGCUUGAGAUCAUGCUUGGUGCAGCUCAAGGAUUGGCUUAUUUGCACGAAAUCCAGGUAAUAUAUAGAGACUUCAAAUCAUCAAAUGUGCUUUUAAGCGAUGACUUUCAUCCGAAGUUAUCGGACUUUGGUCUCGCUAGAGAAGGUCCAGAAGGAGACAACACUCACGUUACAACUGCGAGAGUUGGAACAGACGGCUAUGCAGCCCCCGAGUAUGUAUUAACCGGUCAUCUCAAGACGCAUUGCGAUGUCUACAGCUUUGGAGUUGUCCUGUAUGAGAUCAUCACUGGUCGUCGAACAAUGGAACGAAUGAAACCUUUGGCUGAGCAAAAGCUUCUAGAAUGGGUCAAAAAGUAUCCUGCUGAUAGCAAAAGCUUCAAAAUGAUCAUUGACUCGAAGCUAUGCAACAAAUAUCCAAUUAAGAUGGUUAGUAGAGUGGCCAAAUUAGCUGAUCACUGUCUGAAAAAGAACGAUAAAGAGAGACCCACCAUGGCCUUUGUAGUUGAGACUCUUAGGAAGAUCAUUGAGGACUCAGACUCUGUAGGUAUGAGAAGUUCAGUUGAAAAAUCGACGAGAGAGGAAGGGGUUAGUUAGUGUUAGAGCCUAGAGGUUUAACUUCUUAGAAAAGAGCAGAGAAUACUUAUGUUCCCAAACAAUGCCGUUUAACGUGCAAAUACAUAUGAGCUGUGUGGAAAAGCCCAAAGUAUUAAGCCCAUCAACGAGAGACAUUGUUUUGGUCUUGUACUUAGGGGGAUGGUUAACCCAUAAAAUAUGAUUCUGAAAACAAAAUUGUGAUCACAACUAAGGAAGAGAUGGAUGUAUUCUAAAAAUUUGUAAUACAACCAAAGUUCAAACAUCUUUAAAUCUUUUAAGAGAGGUUAUGGAAAAAAAAAGAGACAAU